CAAUGCAUCAGUCGCUUAGCAUCAGCAGCUACAGCUACAAGUCAACUCUUAACGCUUCAAUUCCAAGGAAUAUUUCUAAAUACCCUCACACAACAUGAACUUUUACAAGAUCUUCAUCUUUGUCGCCCUCAUCCUGGCCAUCAGCAUGGGUCAAUCCGAGGCGGGUUGGCUGAAGAAGAUUGGCAAGAAGAUUGAACGCAUUGGCCAGCACACUCGAGAUGCCACCAUCCAGGGCUUGGGCAUUGCUCAGCAGGCAGCAAACGUUGCUGCCACAGCCAGAGGCUAAACAUGCGCCG